AUGACGCCUACAACAGUACACCACUGCGAAUCGGGAAAUUAUCAACUUUUGAACGCCGCGAAGGAAGACUAUACAUCUACAAUGCCUCCUGCCCACAACAUGGCUGCACAGACAUCACCCCCGUCCCGGUUGGAUUUGCUGACGAGACCGAACCAAGCCCUGAAACACCAGCAACCCUGGCAGGUUGCUGAAUUGCACACCCCACCGAGCGAAGUCGCACCCCACCAAGAGGGAUCGGAGAAAACGAGUUCGGAAACGAGUGAUGAUCCAGCUGACGAAAACCAAGAAGGUGAAAACUGGGAGACCAAUAGCUUUGGUGUCUACGAAGCGUCGAGACCUUGGACAGACGCCCAGAAGAAGUGGUAUUGUGCGGAGCGGAGACUACGAAGGCUAGAAAACCUCCUCGAUAAGCAGAUAUCGUGGAAUAACGAAAUCCAAAAGAAGCUGGCCGAACUCCGUCCAGAGUCACCAACCGCUGAACCUGCAUCCAGGAAGGUCACACGUGCAAAGCGUCCCAGGACGAGCGGGACGGACUGA